AUGGCCUUCAAUGGCUUUAGGGAGAUUUUCGUUAAGCAAAAGACUUUCCGUCCGAAGAAAACGUUUGCACCAGAUACAAUCCGUUAUCACCUCCACAAGCGUGCUGAGGCUUCACUAAGUUCAGGGAUCGACCUCAGGGAAGCGGUUAAAAAGCCAGAUGACGAAGAACUGAAUGAUUGGAUUGCAGUUCAUGUUGUUGAUUUUUACAAUCGCAUCAACCUCAUUUAUGGGACUAUAUGUGAUCGGUGCACUGAGCAGACAUGCCCGACUAUGUCUGGAGGCAAAAAGUUUGAAUACCAUUGGCGCGAUAAUAUACAUUAUAAAAAGCCUACCCCACUACCAGCACCCAAAUAUGUUGACGAGUUGAUGGACUGGGUUGACGCACAGAUAAAUGAUCCAUCACUUUUCCCAACUGACAUAGAUAUUCCUUUCCCAAAGUGCUAUAUUUCAACUGUAAAGAAAAUAUUUAGUAGGCUGUUCAGAGUGUUUGUGCACGUCUAUAUUCACCACUUCGAUCGUUUGCAUGAGAUAGGAGCGGAGGCUCAUGUCAACACUUGCUACAAGCACUUCUACUAUUUCGUAACUUAUUUCGAUCUUAUUGAUAAAAAAGAACUGGAGCCUUUGGUUAGUUUUUCUUUGUUUCUAUUAGUUCAUAUGAUUUGUUUUUAAAUACACUCAGUUGAAAGUAGUAAACUUAAAUGCUAACUUCCGUUUGCUGGAAGAGAUGUAUUAAUAUGUACACAAAGGCUUUUUAGUUAGACUGGACAAUAUCACGUGAGGGUAUACAGUAAAACCCAGUUACCCAAAUGAAAUACAAAGAAUUUGGUUUCUGGGUUGUCUCCCAAUAGUUUCUGCAUGGGAUUUGACACUGCGAAACGUUUGCUGUGUGUAUAUGAAUCAAGAUUCUUACUGUAUAGUGCCUCAGUCCUUGAUACAUUUCACAUUUCAAUGCUUUAAAUAAAUACAAGACAGUCGGAAAGCAUUGUCCACCAUUUAACGAAUGUGUAAUAUCUACCAACUGUUAGAAAUAUCCUUACUUCUUGGGUGAUGUAAACCCGUCGAAACUGUUUGUCUGCUAACUUCUAUAAAGCAGAAGCGGAAGAUAAUGUUUUUUAAUUCCUUCAAAAUAAGUGUGACUUCUGUUUUCGAAUAUCAGCCUGAGCUAAAUUUAGUUAUACAUAAGCAACGCAGAACCUGGCGUCGGUUUAGGUUCUCAAGGUAUACCAGCGCAACCAGAUCAUAGAAUAGUAGUAGUAGUUACAGUAUCAGUGACAGUAGAACAGGCUAGGGAUAUAUAAUAUAGUUCAAGAUCCAUUUGUGCCACAACGUAUAUAUAUAUAUAUAAAUUAGUGAGAGAAUACUCUCCGUUCGUGACCAAAACGCCUUAUUAUUUCGAUUAUUGAGUCGUCAUAGAGAGCAUUUCAUAAAUGUGGUAACUAGUUGCCGAAAAACAAAUCGUUUUAUAAAUGCCGUUGGUUGUGCAUAAAGUGUGUUCAUUUUAAGCCUGUCUAUUAGAAAGUAAAUCACUUAUUCUGAGUGCUCUUUAAUAUAUUUAAGCUUUGGUAGCUCCAUUCAGCUUUAUACAUUUGUAGAAUGAAUUAACCCAAAGAAUCUGUCACUAAAAGGAUCAUAUACAUAAAUUGUUCGCAAAUUUUCCACAUCAACAUCUAAAUGACCGGGCUGUCACGAAAAACGAAAGUAAUUUCAUCGACCUCUGUACUUUUCAGUGUCUGAGUUUUGUUUCCUGAUGUUUUGCUGCUCCGUUUUCCUUUUUCGCACAAAGGAAGCUGAGUUUUUUCACAUGCAAAACACAUUCUAAUCAUAUUUUUCUUCCCUGCUUCUGUCCUCAAAAUAUGAAACUGCAUUUCUCACUCAUCCAUACCAUUAUUCAAUCGGCAUCCAAAAAUAAUAUUUUCUUUUAUUUAGAUUUACUAUGUACGUCUAUUUGUCUUACUUUUUAUACAUCUGUUAAGUUCACUUAACAAGUGUAUUCACUAUUUUCUUACGGCAAACCUUUAUUGAACACUUGAUUUUGAAAAAUCUACCAUAAAUUAUUCGCACCACUACUACCGACUAUAUUACAUAGCUUUUAUGUUUAUUUUAAGCAAUUAAUUGCUUCCAUCCUAACUGAAAAAGUCAUUUCUUGAUUUUUAAAAAAUGUAACAUUUAAUAUUUUCCUUCUUAUGUCCACUCUAAACAAAUGAAAGGCCAAAAAUCUGAUUGUGUAUACAACAAAGUUUGAAUGAUGUUAAUUCAGUCCAUGUAAAAAUUAUUUUUAUAAAUGUUUAUUCUAAAUCAUGUUAAUUGAGUAGCAAUCCUACAAAAUUAGGAGCUUUCGUUGGUCAAGUCGAACUCUUUUGACCAUAGGUUCACAUACUUAAUCAUUUGUAUCUCAAAGCUUAGUAUAUGAACCUAUAAUUGUCGAUUGCAUUAACCUUUUUCUUGGAAAUUCCUAUCUUAGUGUUGAGUGAAUGCGUUUCGCUCUUUUUUGAAAUGUUACCUUCUAAUUUAAAAUUUUUUUCGAUCUAUAGAAUUCCGAUAACUAAUGUGUUCAGAUUUUAUUUGUAGUAAAACUUCUUCGAGAUAAUAUUUAUGCUUCGUUAAUCAUUCGUUAAGAUAACUUUUAUGACUUCCAACGGUGUAUAACUUUCAGAAGAGAUUACUAACCUAUGACUACUGUUUAUUAUUGGGCAGCAUAGAUCCACCAACCACACGGAGCGAAUACGAACAAGAAUGCGAAUGAAUGAUUAGGAUUUAGGAAGUUCAUAUAUAUCAGCAACUAAAUGAUUCAUCUAGCGACUUCAUUAACCAAUAUUUAAGCUAGUAGGAGAAAUAUAUAUGCCGUAACACGUGGUCAAAGCUUAUGUGAUCAUGUAAGUGUGAGGAUAAUAGUGUAAAGAUAUACACAAAUUUUCACCAACAAAAAUAAUGUUAUCCGUUGAAUAAUUUAAUUAAAGGUCUCAAUAAAUUCAAACGUGUACAAACUUAAGUUGGUGAUGAUUCUGUAAUUUUUAUAGAAUAUUGUUCAAAAUGCCACAAAUAUUCUCUUCUAUUACAUGUUAAGACUGGAUUCAAUAUCUAAUCAUCUGAUAUCCAUGUUCAUUUUGCUCUGUUGUUUUGAUUAUCCAUAGCCGAGAGUGGGUGGGCCCGCCCUCCCUCUCGAAAUGCUCUCACACGGCCACGCGUAUACAGCCUUUGCCAGGGAAGUCCUACUCACUGCCUUCUUGUGGCGGGGUUGUUGUUUACGAAAAUGAGUGGACGAAAAGCGAAUGUCCGGCGCUUUAACCGGAUCCCAAACCAAUGGUGCACAUGGGCUCCAGUAUCCUGAAGGGACAAAUGGCGUAUAAACCAAUUUUUGGUCACCGGCUACCAUGGGACUGCAUCUCCUUACGAUACUCCACAGCCUUGUGGGUUAGACCUUUAGGUCAAAGGCUCGUGGUGUAGCUCCCCAAGAAAACCACCUGCUUCGGUCUGGGCACCCGGGCAGUAUCACAGCCCUUACACAAAGUGUGGUGCAUAUAUAUUUGGUGCCCUCUUGUACCAAUAUUUAUGUGUUCAAAUAAAUAAAUAAAUAAAAUAGUGGAUAACAGUAAUUUACGAUAUGGCCAGUUUUUGUAGAUACUCUGUGGAAUUUCUUAAGUUGACCACAUUAUUGUAUUCACGAAGUACUUUGCUGCUUGCAGUUGAUAAAAAGUUGAUCAUGGGAACAUAAAGUUUGCUUAUAUUACCUUUGCCGUAGGCGGAUUAACUGUUGUGCAAUGCUGAAAAUCAGCUGUCAUAAUCGAUCGUUCUUCAGACUUUAUAAAAAUUCAUCACUUUAUCAUUUAAAUUGUGAUUUGUUGUCUCCUUCAUGUCUACCAGUUACCCAGUUAGCAUUCAGUAAUGUAUUUCCCCAUGGCUUUGUAGUACGGCAUAUCAAAUACAAUGUGUGGGUAGUUUUCAAGUAUAUAAUAAUCGAUGCCUUCGACGCACUGGUCCAUCACAUACUCCAACACAGUGUUAGCUAGCAUAGGGAUAAGUUAGAACGAAAGUAGUGUUUGGCAACAGAGUCAAAAUACACCGGUGGGUUCAGAAUCCAAGGUAUUGGUCUGCAAUAACAUCAUCAUCUGUGGUUGGAGAUGUUAGGCAACAUGGGCUAAGGUUUAUCGAAGUUCUACCCUUUCAUACUUGAGUUUUAUGUCAUCCCAUACUUUUCACAGCUUGACUCCACCUUAUUGAACUCCAUUUUAAUGUUUCUUUUUCUACUGCAUCUAAAGUUGUUUCCCUUCUGCCUCUCGUUUUGUUAAGCUCCUUCCUGCUCGUGGAAAUGUCAGGUGUGGUAAAUUCGACAGUUUCAUUUUCGUGCCAGGUCCUACGUUACUUAUGACUUCUUUAUUGAGUUCUGCUGAUAUCUCAUUAUUUGUUUCCCUUUUGUGUCAAUUCUAAAUGGAAGUCUGUUUAGAGAUCAAUGGUGUACAAAUGUUUUUAUCUUGUUUGUCAAUAUAUCAUUUUAACAAAGAACUGAGUCUGAAACGGUCAAUUCUAGUGACUAAAAUAGCCAGUGUAGCAUCACACUAACGAUAUAUCUCUAUACCAGUUGAAUAAUUUUAUUGUUAUCUAGUUUUCUAGGGUAUUCAUAACACAUUAUUUGGAUACUUGUCAACUUAAAUAACAGCGUUUCUAAAUUUCGACUUCUGGUAUGAUAUAUAUAUAUAUAUAUAUAUAUAUAUAAGGUACUUCAGCUCGCUGUUUGUCAAAAAAAUAUUAUUGUUCAUUUGAAAGUUGACUAGCCUAUUAUGAGUUUUGUUGAUUAUUUCUAAAACUGAAGGCAAUUCGAAUUUAUUACUACAUAUUUGUUAAUGGAACGGAGGUUCACUAUCAAUGUAGUAUCAAUAGCAUCAACACUUCUUCAACAGUAACAAUUUGUAAACUAGACUCUGUUCAAGGCAAGCUUAUUCUUGAAUAUGUAUUUAGUCUACUGCAAAAUAAGAUACUUGAAUAACUAUCCUAUAUAUUUCUAUUUCCAUCCGGAAAAAAUUUGAGUAGUUAAAUUGAAUAAGUUGAUAAGUCGCAUUUACUAUGUACGACUACAUAAUUAAUAUUAUGUUUCAGUAAACGAAAUUAGUUUUUUUAAUUCUUAAAUGUAAUGUUCUGGUAGACUACUGGUACUACUACUAUUGGAUGUCAAUGCUUGUUCUCGCGCACCUCCGAAAAAGCUGUAAAAUGACCCAAAUACAGUUUACUUGUCAGCACUCUUAAAAAUUAUCAGAAGUCGAUAUGCAUAUGUUGCUUUUUCUUGUGAUUGGGUAGAAAUAGGCAAACGUUAGCAUUGUCUCUGGAAUUUUUUAGAACAUCGAUAUAUCUGGUAAUCAUACGAAUAAACUUAAGUUACUGAGAUAUUAGAGUUAAAUCCUUAAUCAUACUUCCGUCUUCCAUCUUUUUUCACCGCUCAAGGUUUAUAGAGCUGUAGAAGUUUAGUAAUCAGUUAAGAAUUCAAUGUUAUGAAUGCUCAGGAACUAGAUAAUAACAACAACUGUUGUUUGUCUUCUGUUGGGUUUUAAUCUCUUUAUUGUUAUUCAAUUAAUGACAUUAGAACAGUUUUACCUGAAUAGUGAAGUUUUGUCACAUAAUAAUUUUCAUUUUUUGGUAAUUCGUUAAAUCUAUUUCCCCAUUUAUCGUAUACAGUUCAACAAUUUUAUAUAUUUGAAAAUAUAACUCACACUAAGUUGUGAACAAUUACGAAAGUGAUGAGUGGUUUCUAAUUAUAUUAUUACAAAUCCUGAAAUUUCUUAAAAGAAACACACAAAGUAUAUGAUUUUAGCAUUUUUAAAUUAUCAAGUGGAUUUAUAUGUAAAUUCAUUAUAACGGUUAAUCAUGAUAGUACCGUUCAGUAUUUCAGUUAGUGACUAAGAAUGAAUGAAUGAACAUUUUAAUAAGAAUUUAAAAAAAUAUACUUUGUAGAUUGGAAAAUAAUCUUCAAUCUGAUAUUAAGUGGUUAUUGGGGAUCAGACAGAAGCUCUAAAUAUACUUAUCAUGUUAGUCAGGACUCGUUAGCAAUAUGUACCUUUAUCUUCGUAGAAUGUAUCAUCAUAAUAUCUUGACCUCAAAGUAAAAAACAAAAAUGAAAUGUAAUCCUUUGAAAGUUUGUGUGAUAAGUUCUAAGUGUCACUCGUCAUAUGAAAGUACAAGUGACUACGUAAUAGUGUUUAAAAUGGGUCAAGGUUCGGAACAAAAUCUCGUAGUUUACAAAUUAACCAGGGAUACUGUGAUUUGUUAGAAUAAUAUUGCUUAAGAAGUAGCUCAUUCUGUUUCUAAAUAUAAGAUCUAGAACCUUUUAUUUCGUUUGUGAACGUAAUUAGGCAUUCACUUAUUGAUUUGACACCUUUAACGUACAUGUGACAGUGACCGUAAUAAUAUAUUACAUUACUUCGAAAAUUGCUACCAGUCGAUUACGUUCACAGUGGAAUCAGAGUUCUAUUCAUGACUAUUUUUUUGUAUCGGUAAAACGAAGACGAGAUGGUUCUUUGGAACGAUCGAUAUACAGUAAACGGUCAAGAUAGGGACUUCCACAGAUGGAUACAGCCGGUUAAAAAGAAAUAAUUCUGCUCUCUAUCGUCAAGAGUCAGACGAAUAUGCAUUAACGACAUCAUCAAUGAUGGAUUAGAUGACAUCCGACGAACAUUUGCUUCGAAUGGUUUCCCACCCCAGUUUAAUGAUCGUAGCCUGUAACCGAAUAGUAAAAUUGGAAGCACCUCCACCGUUUCAAAUAAAUUUUUAUUCAUAAACAUUAAGUUCAAAGGGAAUAGGGUGGCUAAAAUACUACUAAAGACUGUCUAGAGUUCUGAGAAUGACAUGUUAUUCAACUGAGCUCCGAGUCGUUUUUACUGUAAUAACCUCAUUUAGGGAAGUGUUAAGGAGUAACUGACUCUGUGAGCGCCACCUCAGUAUGCAUUUAUCAGCUUACUUGGUUUCACGAUGCAAGGUGUUUUAAAUGUUAAUUUGGUGUACUUGCCACAAAAAUAUAUGAGCAGCUGUCUGCAUAGUUAUCUAUAGCGAAAUACAAAUCAAUCAGUAGCUCAAUCUUUGAAAAUAUGAUCAUUGAUUAUCACGCGCCACCACGAGAAUCCUCGUCCGAAAUUGUCUAUAAGGUCAGAACAACUUGCUCAAAGAAGGUCUGGGUUGAAAAUUUAAGCACACAUGAGGCAGUAGCAGCUCACGGGUUUAAGUCUGAUCAAUGCGUAUAAAAGUCCCCUUUAAUCCCUUAUUCUUCUAUUGUCUUCGUACUGGUUUUGAUUAUUACCUUAUUUUUCAUUUUCACAAAGUAAAUUGCUAUUUUUCAUAUUUUUAUAAAUUAUUUCGUAUUACCUCUAAAACUACUAAACAACUAAAUAGCAUUUGAAGCGAACGUUACGGGGUUCGAGUCCCGAAGCACAUCAAUAAUAAAGGUACAGCAGGUUGUUAUAGUACGGACGACUCAGUCCGCUAAAUAAGUUAACAAAAUGGCUUAACCAAAUUAAUUGCGAACAAACGCAGUUGCACGUGAUCUGCUAUAAGACACUGUCCAUCUUUGCUUAAGAACCUUGUGACUUAAGGCUAUAUCGAGGCCAUCCGCACUGGAUGCACAUAUGACAACACGAGACAGAUCAAUUACAGUCCUAGAUAACAAUGGGAAGAUACAAGUAAAACGACACCAAGUGAAUUUAAUAACCUUAUGGUUUAAUAAUUUUCGAUCACUUAGUUCAGUGACGUAACAUCUCUAUUUUAUUUAGUGUUUAAAAACUUCUGAUAAUUUUAAUUGCUUUUUUGUACGAAAUAGCACCUUUCCAUUUGUAUUGUAGUAUAUUAAAUAUUCGAAAUCUUCUGAUAACCAGUUGUUAUUUAAUAAUACAACACCAUUCUAUCUUUCACAAACUUGGAUAUGUGAUGCUUGAAAAAAUUCGACUUUGUUUAAUAAUUUUGUUUAUCGAUGUAGAAUUACAUUUUAUUAUAAACUACCACAUGAUAAAAGAAUAUAUAAGUACAAUCGUACAACCUAGGGAAAUGAUACUGUUGGUAAUAAUGUUAUUUUUGGCUGAGUGAAGAUAGUUAGGAUAAACUUAUUUUUUAAUUAGUUUUUGAUACUAUUUGCAUUUCUUUCAUUAGUUCUCAUGAUUUGUACAUUUACUAUGAGUGACUAUAAAAUAGUUGUUUAAAACUGCAUACCGUUGAAGUUCCCAUUUCCGUUCUGAAUCCCCGUAGAACAAUACACCGAUUACUGUUCACAAAUACACUGCUACGCACAUAUGUCUCUUGUUCUCAAUUAACUAUUGUUAUGAUAACAGGACUUUAAUGUAUUUACUGUCUACGUUUACAGACUACAUCGAUAUUCCCAUUAUAUAUUUCAUUUGUACAUACGGCUCGUAUUAUAACAAUCUUUAUCGCAAUUAUUAAUUACUUAUAAUUUUGGAUUAUUAUACCAAAUGAAACUCGAACACACUAAGUCCUGACAAUUUGAGUAACGACCAGUAAAUUUUUAUUGUGUUUGUAAAGAAAAUAUAUUUAAUAUAUUAAUACAUCAAUUUUUGGACGUAAUAACGUGCUCAUUAUUUCCUGAAACGUUUUCAUUCUUUUUAAAUUAAGGAAAAUAUAAGGAACGUUAUGGCAGAAGGCGAGAGUAAAUUAUGAGGCAGUACAGAAUUUUUCUGCAUCCAACAUUUAGGUUUAUUGAUGUGUAUUCUUAUGGCUUCUGCUUUAUUUAAGAAAUAUUUUGAUAGCACAGGAUAAGUUCGAUAUGAUCCUGUGGAAAACUUUAAGGGUUGAAUUAACAUCGAUGUUUGGACCAGCAACAACUGCUUAAUUUCACACCUAUCGAAGCUGCUACCUUGACGCGGUGGUCGGGCUUGCCUAUCGUGAUGACCCAACCGAGCUAUAUUGGCUGGAACAUAUGUUCCUGUAGGUUCUACCAUGCCAGGCAGGUCGAUUGGUGAACGGUAAGACUAAAAGCAGCAACUCAAGGUCUGAGGGCGAAGUCGUACUGUUGACUGUAGAGGGGUGUGACAGCAGUAAGGUGUUUCCUUCGGACAACCAGCAUGACAGCGAUGCUGCCUUCCCACAAGGAGGGGUGGGGUUAGAAAAGGUCGACCCUAAAAAUGUCACACCUCACCUUACCUCACGGAUUUCCGUCUCCGGCGGUAAGGCCCUUUGAAGAACGGAGCUAACACGUCAAAAACCUUCCACGAAAAGGCCGUGCGCGACCGGCCUCAAGCAGUUGUCCCUUGGGCUCUGCGGUCACGCUCCCAGGUCGUCAAGACCAACACUAAUCCAAUUUCCUUUUCAGGUUCCUCAAGAAAUACCCUUCCACGGUGUGGGCAGCCGGGAAGUG